GCCAGAGCUGCCCACUUCUGCCUUUGGAAAGUGUUUCACAAUGUCCCAUGUAUGUGAGGACAGCCGAGCUCAGCUGAAGAUGGAUAAGAGGAUGUGGGCUCACACAUUGACAUGUACCAGCACCCAGAGAGGGAACGUGGGCUUGGGAGCUGCCCAGCACACCGUGCACACACAGAGAGUGCCUGACUUGCUAUCAUCAUGAUAGGUGACAGCAGCCCCCGAAGUCCAAGCGGGCCCAGGUAUGGCUCCAUCUCCAGCGCAUCCAGUUCAGGGUCACAGCAAGCGCCUCCCGGAGCGACCUACCUGAGCGAGAAGAUCCCCAUCCCGGACACAGAACCGGGCACGUUCAGCCUGCGGAAGCUGUGGGCCUUCACAGGGCCUGGCUUCCUCAUGAGCAUCGCUUUCCUGGACCCAGGAAACAUCGAGUCGGAUCUGCAGGCUGGCGCUGUGGCUGGAUUCAAACUGCUCUGGGUGCUGCUGUGGGCCACGGUAUUGGGCUUGCUCUGCCAGCGACUUGCUGCCCGGCUGGGCGUGGUGACAGGGAAGGACUUGGGCGAGGUCUGCCAUCUCUAUUAUCCUAAGGUGCCUCGAAUCUUCCUCUGGCUGACCAUUGAGCUAGCCAUUGUGGGCUCGGACAUGCAAGAGGUCAUCGGCACAGCUAUAGCCUUCAGUCUGCUCUCGGCUGGACGAAUCCCUCUCUGGGGUGGCGUCCUCAUCACCAUUGUGGACACUUUCUUCUUCCUGUUCCUCGACAACUACGGGUUGCGGAAACUGGAAGCCUUUUUUGGAUUCCUUAUUACCAUCAUGGCCUUGACCUUCGGCUAUGAGUACGUGGUGGCACGUCCAGCUCAGGGAGCACUUCUUAGAGGUCUGUUCCUGCCCACAUGCCCCGGCUGUGGCCAGCCGGAGCUGCUGCAGGCUGUGGGAAUCGUUGGUGCCAUCAUCAUGCCCCAUAACAUCUACCUGCAUUCGGCCUUGGUCAAGUCUCGAGAGAUAGACCGGACCCGCCGGGCUGACAUUCGAGAAGCCAACCUGUACUUCCUGAUUGAGGCCACCAUCGCCCUGUCAGUCUCCUUCUUCAUCAACCUCUUCGUUGUGGCUGUCUUUGGGCAAGCCUUCUACCAGCAAACCAACCAGGAUGCGUUCAACGUCUGUGCCAACAGCAGCCUCCAGAAGUACGCCAAGAUCUUCCCCAUGAACAACCAAACAGUGGACGUAGACAUUUACCAAGGAGGCGUGAUCCUGGGCUGCCUCUUUGGCCCUGCAGCCCUCUACAUCUGGGCAGUGGGUCUCCUGGCAGCCGGACAGAGCUCCACCAUGACCGGCACCUACGCAGGACAGUUUGUGAUGGAGGGCUUCCUGAAGCUGCGGUGGUCACGUUUUGCCCGCGUUCUCCUCACUCGCUCCUGCGCCAUCCUGCCCACUGUGCUCGUGGCUGUCUUCAGGGACAUGAGAGACCUGUCAGGCCUCAACGACCUGCUCAACGUGCUGCAAAGCCUGCUGCUUCCCUUUGCUGUGCUGCCCAUCCUCACAUUCACCAGCAUGCCUGCCCUCAUGCAGGAGUUUGCCAGUGGCUGGCUGAGCAAGGCCAUCACGUCCUCCAUCAUGGCACUGAUUUGUGCCAUCAACCUCUACUUUGUGAUCAGCUACCUGCCGGGCCUCCACCACCCCGCCUACUUCGGGCUUGUAGCCCUCCUAGCCGCAGCCUACCUAGGCCUCACUACCUACCUGGUCUGGACCUGUUUCAUCGCCCACGGAGCCACUAUGCUGGCCCAUCGCUCCCACCAACACUUCUUGUACGGGCUUCCUGAAGAGGAGCAGAAAGGGGAGCCCUCCAGAUGAACUCCCACCCAGGGCCUGACUAGGCUAUGAAAUGAGUGGGGCAGACUGGCCUUCUGGUGAUAGGGGUGGGGGCUGUAGAGGCAAAGCAGAUGGAGUGGGAGCUUUGGAGGCAGGCCAACCUGAGUUCUAUAGGGACCUGUUUCCUAGCUUAGACAAGUGAUUAACUUCUAGGCCUCAGUGUCCUCGUCUGUAAAAUGGGACACCAACCUUGCAAUGGAUGUAAAGCACUUUAACACAGUGCCUGGCACUGGGACUUAAAAAAAAAUCACCCCCAAAGUAUUUAUUGAGCACCUAUGAGAGUGACCUGACAGGCUGACCUAGUUGGGGAUGGUACACAGGCUCCAAAUGGCAUUUAAAAUAGAGUCUGAUGAAUGCUAAAUCAUAGCUAUUUAAUAGUUUCCUUCUCACCCAAAAGAGCAUGAAACCCCUGAGCCAUCAAGAGAAGCCCCCUACUCCAUGUCUCCUCUCGCUGUCUCCCUUCUACUCUCGCUGGGGUGGCCUCAGCCUUUUUGUUCCACCAGCAACCCAUUUUCUAGGCAGUAAAAGUGAGGCGCAGUUCUCCCUCCGUCAGGCGCCAGGUCAUAAGGAACCCAAGAGUCUAUGCCUCAGAAGUCCAAUUCAUUUGCCAUCUCCUCAGGGAACCCGGCGGCCGGGACUCCCACUGUUAUAUUGGAAAUCAGCGAGCUGAACAGAAGACACCACAGUCAAUAGGCCGAAUUAGGAGUCUUUAUUUCAGAAUUCAGCGACCCCAACAGGACUCAUGUCGCUCCAAACCUCGCGGCCCCGAGUGAGCUCAGGGGUCUGCUUAUAAGGGUAAAAACCACAUCCUGCUAGGAAUGCGAGGGGAGCUGUGCUUAGCCAAGCGAGUCACAGAAGCCAAAACCAGCCGAGUUGAGACUGUCUAUGGGUAUAUCUGGGGGUUAUUUCCUGGAGCUUAACAGAACAAACCGCCACCUGUGUUCGGUGGAAAAUUUUGCAACCUGGAGCCCUGUGGGUAACACAGAAUGGAGGGCAGAGGACAAGAUGGAGUCAGUCUUGUCAGGGCCCGUUGUUCAUUCCCCACUGGUCUUAUGUAUGAGUCAAAUCAUCGACUCUUCCUGGUCAUUAUUAGGAAGGGGGUUGUAGUGACCUCUGAGGAUCAUUAGUUUGAAUUUUCCGUUGAACGAAGCUGGUGAAACAAUCUAUAAGACAAGAGCCGAAAAUGAGGGCAAGGAGUAACAAAGUUAGUGGACCCACUGCGGCGGACAGGAGGGUAGUUAGCCAUGGAGACCAAUGAAAAAGUCUUUGAAACCAGUUCUGGGAACCUUUUAGCUGCUGUUUUCGUUUUUUCUAUAUUUUUCCUGACUAAAGCUAAACUUUUUUGGAUGA